AUGCAUUUCCAUCAUUUCUCGAAUCAUCAUGAUUCUGGUAAACUGGGUUUUAUUGCUUUGACUCUUAUUGGUAGUUUAGAUCAAAAAUUACAUUACUUGGAGUAUAAUCAAGAUCAUAAUGAGUUAACAGAACCCAUUGUGAGAAGAAGGAUUAGAUACAACCCUCCAUUUGAGAGACCAGAGUUUGCUGGUUCCUGCAACGGGUUGGUCUGUCUUUCUCUUCCAUCUUAUAUAGUACCUUUUUUGAUAUUUAACCCGAUCAUUAGAGAGUGCGUUGAACUUCCUUUUAUUGAGAUAGAUUGUGAAAAGAUAGAUCGUGAAGAUAAAAGAAAAUUUUAUUGUGCAAGUGGAUUUGGUUAUGUUUCUUCUACCGAUGAGUACAAAGUUGUGGAAGUACUUCAUAAGACCAAGUUUUAUUACGUAUACAUAUAUACUUUAGGCAGUGGGAAUGGAUGGAGAAAACUUGGAACCUUCGAUCAGAAAUCUGCCGAUAUUUGGUCAGAAGGUACCUAUGCCAAUGAAUGUGUUUACUGGAGGCGAUCCAAGUCAUUAUUGGUGAUGACAUUCGAUUUGGCUGCGGAAACUUUUCGUGAUCAUCUUUCACCACCUUCUUUGUCAUCAGAGGGUUAUUGGCAUAGAAUAGGGGUUUUGGAUGGGGUUUUGUUUUUUGCUGUUGAGAUAUAUGUCAGUGGAGUCGGGGGAUGUUAUGACGUGUGGCUAUUGAGAAAGAAGAAUAAUAAACAUGAUGAAAUAGAGCAAGGGGCACAUCAGUCAUGGGUUUGGAGUAAAGAUAUGAUUAAAGGAUUGAGAAUGGGUGCUUGCAAAUUUAUUACUAGACUUCUUCUAUCUGUUGCUGUUAGCAUUUAG